AUGCCGCCAACAUUCGAACUAGUCGUGUGUAUAACAUCUUCAGCACUUUUCGAUUGUACUGAAUCGCGUGAAAUUUGGAAACGUGAUGGAUUUGAAGCAUAUAAAGAACAUCAACGUGCUAAUCUUAUGGUACCUCUUCAACCCGGCGUUGGUUAUCCUCUUGUUCGAUCGCUGUUAGCAUUGAAUGAAGCUGCUAAAAAACAAUUGGUCGAAGUUGUACUAGUUUCUCGAAAAGAUAGUGAUUCUGGAGAACGAGUACGACAAUCUAUCUAUUAUUACAAACUACCUAUCACACGUAUGUCAUUUACCGGUGGUACAGAUGUUACAAAAUAUUUGUCGGCUUGGAAAUGUGAUCUUUUUCUUACUGCAGACGAAGAUCAAGUACGUACAGUAUUGUCUGGUACUAGUUCUGAAGCAUUUACAGGCAUUGCAGCUGCACUAGUAUGCAAUAUAGUAAACACAACACCAACUAUCUCUUCUAAUGGAAUAGUAGUAUCUGAAUCACCUCAAAUUCAACAAUCUGAUUCGAAUAUUAACAUAACGAUAUUGCCUACUGAAGUAAAUACAUCAACUAAUUCUGAUUUAUCUGCUCCAUUGGCUUCUUUAUCAUGGCCCGAAGGUCAAGUUCGUAUUGCUUUCGAUGGAGAUGGUGUACUUUUCUCCGAUCAAGCAGAACGUGUCUUUAAAACAGAAGGACUUGAAGGAUUUUUUGAAUUCGAACGUAAACAUGGACAUAUUGCUUUACCCAAAGGUCCAAUGCAAGCAUUUGCUCUUAAAUUACAAAAACUUCGUCAAUCACUUGGAGAGAAUCAUAAAUGGCGAGUACGUACAUUUUUAGUUACUGCUCGUAAUGACGUAGGUAACAUAAGAGUAUUUCAUACUCUUAAAGAAUGGGGUCUUGAAAUCGAUGAAACACAUUUCUUAGGUGGAUUAGAUAAGACACCAUUUUUACAAUCAAUCAAUCCAGCAAUUUUCUUUGAUGAUUCAAGAGAUAAUAUUGAUCGAGCUAAAAUCUAUGUUCCAUCAGCACAAGUUAUUUAUGGUAUAAAUAAUCUUGAUCCUAAUACUCUAACAAGAUCAACAUCUAUCGAAAUUAAUAAUGUACAAAAUGAACAUUCCACGUAA